AUCAGAAGGGAAUAUUGGAGGGUGUGUGGAAAGCAGCGGAAAGUGUUCAGAGUGGGGAGCUUCAGAGUUGUCCAUGCGAGGGAUUGUCAGUUUCACAGACGCCACAAGAUAUUAGAUACACCAGCAUAAACCGAGGUAAUUUGAAUGUUGAAAGUAUACCCCGAUAUCAAAUGAAUCACUGGCGACGAUCAGUAGGAGAGCUGCAAGCCAGGCGGCGGCAGGUGACCGAGUGUGAGCAGGCGCUGGCAGCCCUGAGCAAAGUGACUGCCUGCUUCCAGCAAAUGGCCUCCUCCUUGGGGAGUAAUACGGACGGCAGUGGCCUCAGGGAAGAACUGGCAGAAAUCAGAGCGAUGGCUCACCGGAUCUACACGGGGUUGCAUAGAAGACUCAUAGCACUGCUGACAGAAACGGAGCAGGCCCAGGAGGACAGAGAGCAGGUGGAGCGCCUUUGGGUACUGUUCCUGUCUGGCCUAGAGACCUUUCAGAAGGACCUCCGCAAAACAAGCUCCUUGCAAGAGCUGUUCCCACUUACUCAGCGUCGCGACCGUAGCGCCCUGGUAAAGACAGGCUACUCUGGGGAAUCUGAGGUUGCGGCUCGCGCCGCUACGGUCCAGACACCCUGGGUGUGUGUAGAGGAUGAACCAUGCCCCGACCUGCAGACACAAAUCUCAAGGAUGGACUCUCUGCUGCAGGAGAUGCUGCAGAGGGUCAAUGUGCCCGUGUGGACAGUGGAGGCCACACAGAAGGCCUGGGUGGAGGUUGAGAAGGAAGAGCAAGAUGAGGAUGAAACGCUAGAGGACUUGAUGCAGGUAGAGGUGGUAUCACAAGACAGCGUUACAGGCUGCUGCCACCAUUUAAACUGCAGGUUAAGCUGCCUACUCUGUUUACUUAGUUAA